GCCAGACCGAGGCGGCGCCCCGGCACCGUUUUUUUUGGCUCAGAGUGCCACGGCUUCGCGCAAGAAGCUUGGGCCCGCGCCGAACGGGGCAGCCCUCGUCCCCAGGAGGCCCAGCACGAUGACCUUCCCCGCUUUGCUAGCCCACAGCAGCCCGCCCCUGCGGCUCUGGCGCUUCGCAGGGGUUGUUUUUUUGGUGGCGCAGGCCAUCUCCGACUCCUUGUCGCUGCGGGACACGUGGAAGGCGAAGCAUAUUGUGGAACAGUGCCUCACGGACGGCGCGCCGCGCACCAUCGAGGGCGUGGAAUGCAAUAGAUGCAUCACGAAGGCGUGGCAGAAGCCGGCCGUGGGCCACCCUGAGCGGCUCUACGAUGAAAAACUGCACGCCUACGUGCACCAGGUCGACUAUAUCGUGUGGUGGUACCUCUUGCUGGACAUCUUCGUCCAUUUGAUUUCGGGACGAAAAGUGUCGAAGGACGGCUACAAGGACCUCAAACCCCUAUACCACUCCUACCUGAAGAGCUGGUGGUUCUCGGUCGAUGUGGGGUGCUUGAUGCCGGGCUUGAUCUCGGCCUUACUGGCUUACAUUCUACGACGGACUGGGUUAAAUCAUCCGCUCCACUUCGCGGUGACGCACAUAAAGAUCAGGCUCCACCCGCCCAAGAAACUCAUCCGGCCGGGCAAGAUCAUCCGGCAGCUCCUGUUCUCGCUGCUGCGCUUCGCGAUGCACCACCGGCGACUCGUGAGGAGUCUGAUCGCGGAGAUCGAGAUCGUCGCGCGCGUCGCGGAGACGGGUCGCUUGAUCGCGCGGGAGACGCACGUCUUGGCGGAGCUCGAGGAGCAGUUCGAGGACGCGUACUACGCGCGCGGGUCUUUAAGGGCCGAUAGCCCGAAGAACGCGCCGAGGCGGUCGUCGCCGCGCUUGGCGGAGCGGAAGAAGCUGCGGUGACGUGCUGUCGUUCGAUCGGUUCCGGUGCGUCUAUCACGCGGCGGAGAGUAAGUUGUCUUCCUC